GUCAAAUAGCGUCAAAUAAACAAAUGAUUAUAAGUGGCGCUCAAGCAGCCGCGCAAUUUCCGGUGUCGUCAUCAGUCAGCGACGUCCUUCCAGGCCGCGAGUGGUUCAAGCGAAGCCUCCUGGUCCGAAAAAGAAAUGGCACCAUCUCCCACAAAGCGGAAGGAGGAUGAGAAAACAAAAGAUAGAGUUAAAGAGAAGACUGGUACCAAGGAAGGAGACAAGGAAAGGGGGAGGGAGAAAGUGAGGAAACGCCGUAGUGCUUCCUCUGGUAGCAGCAGCAGCAGCAGAUCGAGCUCAACAUCCAGCAGUAGUUCGGGUUCCAGCUCAGGUUCCUCAAGUGGAUCCAGCUCUUCUGGUUCCAGUCGAUCCGGAUCUUCAAGCUCUCGUUCAUCAUCGUCCUCCAGCUCCUCAGGCUCCCCGAGCCCCAGUCGCAGGCGCCACGACAACCGCCGGCGCUCCCGCUCACCCUCGAAAACACAGAAGAGGGGAGAGGAUAAAGACCGGAGGAAGCGAAGCCCCACCCCAAAACCAACCAAGGUUCACUUGGGAAGGCUGACCAGAAAUGUGACCAAGGACCAUAUCCAGGAGAUCUUUUCUACUUAUGGGAAAAUAAAAAUGAUUGACAUGCCUGCAGAUAGGCUCCACCCACACCUGCCCAAAGGCUACGCUUACGUGGAGUUUGAGACUGCCGAUGAGGCUGCGAAGGCCCUCAAACACAUGGACGGAGGUCAGAUUGAUGGACAGGAAAUCAGUGCAGCUGCUGUGCUGACUCAGCGGGUUCGUCUUCCACCUCGUAGGCUGUCUCCUCCUCCUCGGAGAAUGCCCCCACCACCACCAAUGUGGCGUCGCAGCCCACCACGCAUGAGGAGAAGGUCCCGCUCCCCAAGAAGGCGGUCCCCUGUACGCCGCCGCUCUCGCUCUAGAUCCCCCGGUCGCAGACGCCACCGCUCUCGCUCAAGCUCCAACUCCUCCAGAUAAUUCAGAUAUCACAUUGUUUCCUAGAUUCUGACACCAGAUCAGCUGUAACUAUUACAUUCUUGUUGACCUCAACAGGAAGUAAUGUUCUUGUUUGUAGCCAUCUUUUUACAUCCAGAUUCUCCAACUCCAGUCUACGACGGCUACCGUCCUGUAGCUUUUAGAUGCAUCCCUGCUCAAUUACACCCGAAUUAAAUAAGUUGCUCAUUGCCAGGUCUUUAACAAACUUGGUGGCAUGCUGAAGAGGUAAUUCAGCUGUCUACACAGGGAUGCAUCUAUAAGUUGCAGGGCCAUGGCUCUCCAGGAGAGGACUUGGAGACCCCUGCUCUACAUGGUAAGAGCAGGGGUGCUUUUCUGUCUUUUUGUCAUAUUUUGGUCUAAGAUUAUUCUGGAAAGUUGGCCCUCAUUUUUUGUCUCCACAGACAUCUGCCAAUGUUUUGUUUGAAAUGUGAUGUCUUUUUACCUUGUAUUGAGUUUUUAGACAUUGUGAAAAAUAAAGUGCAGAACCUUCAACAA